GCCGGGGGCUGUGGCCGCAGCUGUCAGCCCAGGAUGUGGGCGCUCUUCGAGGCCCCCUACUCAUCCAGGGCAGCCAGGGUAAUUGCCUUUGCCUCCCUUUUUUUCAUCUUGGUGUCCAUUACAACAUUUUGCUUGGAGACACAUGAAGCCUUCAUCAUAGAUGUUAAUGUGACUGAGACGCUGGUGGUAGGCAACGCAACAGAGACCUUUGUUGUGCGAAAGAUGGAGAUAGAGCCCAUCCUCACCUAUAUUGAAGGAGUCUGUGUGCUGUGGUUCACACUGGAGUUUCUAGUGCGCAUCAUUUGCUGCCCAGAUAAGAUGGUCUUUAUUAAGAACCUCCUUAACAUCAUUGACUUUGUAGCCAUCUUGCCUUUCUAUUUGGAAGUGGGGCUCAGUGGCUUGUCAUCCAAGGCUGCACGGGAUGUGCUGGGCUUCCUGAGGGUUGUCCGCUUUGUCCGGAUUCUCCGGAUCUUCAAGUUAACACGCCAUUUUGUGGGUCUUCGGGUGCUGGGCCAUACCCUGCGGGCUAGCACCAAUGAGUUCCUCCUUCUCAUCAUCUUUCUGGCUCUUGGAGUUUUAAUCUUUGCCACCAUGAUCUACUAUGCUGAAAGGAUUGGAGCCAAACCUUCUGACCCUAGUGGUAGCGAGCACACCCAUUUCAAGAAUAUUCCCAUUGGCUUCUGGUGGGCCGUGGUGACCAUGACAACCCUGGGCUAUGGUGACAUGUACCCUAAAACCUGGUCAGGCAUGCUGGUGGGGGCUCUUUGUGCUCUGGCUGGAGUCCUUACUAUCGCCAUGCCUGUCCCAGUCAUUGUCAACAACUUUGGGAUGUAUUACUCAUUGGCCAUGGCUAAGCAGAAGCUCCCAAAGAAGAAAAAGAAGCACAUACCUCGCCCAGCUCUACUUGACUCGCCAACAUACUGCACAUCAGAGGAUAACUCACCUCGCAGCAGCGUUCAUAGUCAUAACAGCCCUUUUGCUGCAACAACAGCAGCUAUAGCAGAAGUGAUGGAGAGGAAAAGAUCAGAUUCCAAGCAGAAUGGCGAUGUGAACAUCGUGAUGUCGGAUGAGGAGCAGCCUCUUUCAUCAUCACAGGAAGAGAAGCAGCCCAUGAGGCGCUCAAGUACCAGGGACAAAAGUAGAAAAGCAGCUACUUGCUUUCUUCUGAGUGCUGGAGAUUUCCCUUGUGCUGCUGAUGGUGGCAUCCGGAAAGCCAAGCUACCAUAUGUGCUGUCUGGGCAGUUUCUCCAGCCUUUAGAAGGCCGAAUGAAUCAUCACCGCUCUUCCCUUUGAAGGAUCUUCUGGAUUCUCCACUGCACAACUCUCAUUUUUUUCUUCUUCUUUAUUAUAUAUUUUAAGAAAUCAUUCAUGUCUAGGAAUCAAUGGCAAGCAAGCAAGUAUUUGAAGGACUGUUGAAUCCUCACUGACUGUCACUAAAAGCUGGGACUGUCUCGAUCAAUUUUUCCUGUUAGAAAUAUAAAGGAGAGUACAGUAUAACUUUUAAGGACCUGCCUAGUUGCUGUAAUCCUGCUUGCUAUGUAUUCAAUGUAUAAAAAUAUAUAUCGGAAACGUCCCAGGGUUAUUCCACACUGCCAGUGUCAUCAUGAGAUCCCACACUUUUAACUGUUCUAUCAAAAGCUUUCUCCCUUCUGUUAUAUUGAUUGACUUUUUGGUUGGCAUUACUACUGUUUCACUGUAGUUCCUGGACAUGGUUACUGGCAGGCAUUGCUGAUCUUAGAUACCUUUUUAUCCAUCUCCUGCAGAUGCUCAGUAUAUAAAUGUCAAGCACUGCCUCUAGAUCUUUUUUUUUUUUUGAAGACUCAAAAGUUGUUCAGCAAUUUGAAGCCAAAAGUUACUGAAAGGAGAAAUCUUCCUAACAAAGGAACUUAUGGAUGUGUUUAAUGAACAACGCAGAACUGUUAUACUGGAGAGAUGGUUUUGUUUUGAGGUUUUCCCCUUUGAGUGCUGUUACUGUAUCUUGGACAGUAUUUAGUACUGUUAUCUUCUGCAUUGUACACAUGCCUGUUCCUGUCAAACUGUACUAGAGUUUUAAUAAAAAGGUCUGAGAGCUGAUAUCCAGCUUCCAGGUAUUCUUGCUGCCUUUUUUUAUUGUUGGUUACUCUGUAAUGUGUGGGGGAGGGUAGAGGGGGAGUUCAAGCAACAAAAACAACAGGCGUGAUAGUGUGCUGGAUUACCAUGACAGUGACAUAGACAGUGAGACGGCCAAGACUCUUAAGUUUAUGUCAUGGUACUACGGUAUGUCCAAUUAUUAUUCUCAGCUAGAGUAAACCUAUUGAAUCAAUUGAACUUUGGUGAGCCAAUAUUCAUAUAGUGUAAGUUCCAUUGUUUCAAUAAGCCUAUUCUAACUGGGACUGACAACUGGGCUGCAUGCAGACUGUUUCAGAAAUAAGGAACACAGGAACAAUCAAAUUGAAGUGUUUUUUUAAAACUUUCACAACAACAAAGUGAUAUAGGGUAGAUCAAGUGAUUAACUAAAGACUCAAACCCCUGCCCCCUAAUUUCUGAGUCAUAUGUUGAGCCUGGCUUUUCC